AUGUACGCGCUCCGGCCGAUCCAGAAUUGUAUGUCAGGGAAACGUCGACGCGACAAUGUCGACACCAACAUCCCAGAAGAACCGCCGGCGAAACGUCACCACCAACGCCAUCUAACAUCUCCACCACCGAAACGUGGAACAGUACUCGCUGCGAUGGCCUUGUCGAGGAACGAGUCUGCCGUUUCGGCGGUGGGGAGCGUCCACAGCGGUGCGCUGACGCUUCUUGAGGUUGGGCUUCGUGGGAGGGAUUGGGAUUGGGACUGGAUUGGGAGCUGGGAUGGGAGCGGUACUUGCUGCGAUGGUCCUUCUGGCGCGCUCUCUGCUCCCAAUCCAGUCCCAAUCCCAACCCCUCCCACGAAGCCCAACCUCAGGAAGCGUCAGCGCACCGCUGAGGACGCCGGUGUUUCUGAAGUUGAACCAAAAGCAAAGCGGCAUCACCAGCGCCAUCUAACCUCUCGACCGACGAAACACAUAGCCCGUAACUCGUCAAAGCCAGCUAUUCCCACUCAAACCCGUUACUCGCUCAGGAUGACCCCAGAUCUUAUUCGACGAAACAUUGCGGCAUCACCCUCAGCUGCUCCUGUCACAGAUCCCAUCCCUGCACCCGUCUCAAUCCCAUCCCUUAUCCAAGUCAGUGUCCCGGUCCUCACCCCAGCUGCCAUACCAGACCCGACAGCCCCCAGCGACCGAGCCGCCACCUCCUCUUGCAUUCAAGACCGCUCAGUCCCCAUUCAGAUUACUCGCGUCCUUAACCCUGUCAUAGCUCCCAUCUCAGACCCCACCCUGGUUCCUCCUUCAACGUCCAUCCCCUCUCGUUGUUCGGUCAAUCCUGCAAGCACAUUGUCUAAACCUACGCAUCUGCCGUGGUCUCAACUCCCAGAGGUCACACAAACUCGACUGUCUGCUCAGUACGAUGAUCUGGUCACUCGCACCUGGGGAAGCCAACACAGGCUCUGGGGCGACAGCUGGCCUGGUUACUUUGAAGCUCUGGGUCUAUCCACCUGCCAAAAACCUAUCGGAAUCCCAGAGGAUAAUGUGUUCAAGAUGUUUCCCGACCUAGAUGAUGCUAUGUUUGUCGCACACGGGAAAUGCAAUUUCUAUGAUCUUUGCCACCAUCAUGUAUUCUCGAAUGAUCUGGACACAUCAAUCAAUGAGGCGUUAGCCCAAGUAGAGACUUGGUUUCUACAAAAGCGACUCUGUGAAGUCGAGGGGCUUCGUCCACAUACUUUAGAUCUCCUGCGCAAGGUCAGCGCACACUGGGGCUUUUAUUUUGCGUAUUCGCCAAAUAAGACAGCGGAAGAAGCUCGUGCGAGCAAGCUAUCCCAUGAUUUAAUCCUUGCGACUCAAGAGCUCGGGGCUUCCAUGGACACUGCAACUUACAAUCACAAAGCAACAUCGCACCACGCAGCCUUGGCACAACACUGCUUUUACGCCCUCUACCUCACCCGUAUCAUCGCCCUCCAGAGAUUUCUAGAUUGCCUACCUCGAGAUAUGGACGCAGAGCUCGCACGCAGUGAAUGGGCUCUAUUUCAAUAUGAUCCACCUCGUCUACCGGAUGGCGACGACAUCUUCUCCGCGAUUUAUCGCCGUGUCACGAGAGCUUGUGGUUCUGUCUUCGAUCUCAAGCGGGCGGCCGAAGCUCGGUUUCGUGCUCUGGUCAAGAAGGACCGGCAGUUUUUCCUGAAAAAACGUGAACACCCGCUUGUUAUCUUCGCGGCUUCCUACCAGCUACCAUUCUAUCUUGCAGUCGACGAGGUCGAGGAACCUGUUCUCCAGAGCCCUUCGAGCGGUCGCCGUCCUGCCUGCUCCCGCCUUGGUGUCAAUGCCCUGUUCUAUGGAUUUGACGCGCCUCCUUGA